CAAAAUUUCCAGCAGCUGGUCUGUGCACAUGGAUAUCGAAACCGCAUCUGGUCCAUCGCAAGCACCCGUGGAACGACGACGAAUCUACCGGGCCCAACCCACUUGUCGAAGAUGGUGGUCAAGAUCAGACUGGCACGCUUCGGGCGCACCAACGCGCCCUUCUACAACAUCGUCGUCGCCCAAGCCCGCUCUGCGCGCAACAGCCGGCCGAUCGAGGUCAUCGGCACUUACGACCCGAUCCCCAAGAAAGACCCCUACGACGAGUCCGGCAAGCUGCACAAGGACAUCAAGCUAGACACGACGCGGGCAAAAUACUGGAUCGGCGUGGGCGCUCAGCCGACAGACCCCGUGUGGAGGUUAUUAUCCAUGCUCGGCAUCCUCCCGCCCAAGCCCCGGCCAGGCGCCACCGCGAGUCCCAAGAUGCUGCCGCAAGCCGACAAGGCGUGACGAGGACGUCUUUCAGACGGAAA